AUGCAAACCGUUUCAGCCCAGGACUCCAUGUUUCCCUCAGCCGUGGCGAGCGAGCAAUGGGGCGUCCAGUUUGACCCUUCCCCGUCCACUUCGUCCGCGGCAUCCCUGGCCGCCGCCCCUGGACGCAAACGGAAAGCGAACUUCUCCAACGAUGAAACGGAGGCCCUGGUCUGGAAUGUGGUCCGGUAUUUUGGCGCCUUGUACGGCACGGAUACGUUCCGGGCGCACCCCGUACGCCGCAAGCAGCUCUGGAGCCAAAUUCAAAGCCACGUCAACUUCCUCGGCUACACUGAGCGCUCGGUUGACGACCUGAAGCACAAAUGGCGGGAUCUGCGGCUGGAUGUCAAGAAGAAGAUCACUACCAAGGAGCCCCCGGCCGGAACCCCCUACGGGCAACGGUUGACACCCCUGGAGAAGAUGGUGGCUUCCACGUUCCUUCAGCCCACCCAUGAUCCGGAACCGGACAUCGUCCUGGACCCUGCUGGCUCUGGUCCAGAGGUCCAGAUUCCCGAAACAUCGACUAUGUCUCCCCCAGUGAGAAAUUACUCCCUGGUUUCCUACAGUUCCGAAGAGGAGGAGGGGGAAGGCCCGGACGGUGAUGAUGGUCUCGAUCUACGGUUCUCGGCCGAGGAAAACCAGGAGUUCUCCAACCAGCAGGCGAUGCUUCUCGAUCACUGCAAUUUGCAAGGAUCGCUCACAUCUGAGCCAGAGGACACACUUACUCAGGCGGGUGGUCACUCUGAGUGGGGUCAUGGUGGGUGUGCUGUCCAGGGACCCCAGGCAGAGGAAGAAGAGUCAAGGCCCCCCAAUACUGAUCUCGGCUCCUUCCCACAGGGACUGAUGGGUCCGGCGUGGGAGAAGCGGCCGUAUGAGAAUCAGCAAGGGCAGCCACCCAUAUCUCCGCUCGGCACAGGAGAAGUAUCGGAGGAGUCUCCGCCUCCUUUAUCGCCUUGCGCAGAUGAGGUAUCUCCUUCACACUCCUUGCCGCGGGGAAUCGGGGGCUCCCGCCCGCGGGAAAACCGCCGAGACCCUUACAGGGCCACCCUCCAUCGCUUAAUGGAGAUGGAAGACCAGUGGGACCAGCUCUACCACCAGGAGUUAGCCAUGUGGCAAGGGGAACGAGAACAACAACGGCAAGAGCAGUCUAGAGACAGGGACCUCCAGCUGCAGCUCCUGUCUGUCCUCACCGAGAUCCGCGAUGAGUUGCGGUGUUUGCGGCAGGAACGGGCAGCUUCUCGCCAGGAGCUUGCUUCACAAACCUGCCCGGAGUUCACCUCACCUUGUCUGUGUCUGAAUCCUGAGAUGCCGCUUCCCAAGCCGCCAUCCGAAUAUGUCCCACUGUUCUACCCUGGCAAACCCGAAUCGUGCCUCGCGGAAGCAUCUUUCCUGAAUGGUGGAUGGGGAGAGAGGGGUAUUGGGCUCAGAGGUCCCCAGGGUAUCUUCCGGCGAGGCAGAGGGCGUCCCCGAGGGUCCGCAUCUCGUCCCAAAAGGUUGUUGAUGAGCAACAGAUAG